UAUUGCGUUCGAUUUCCGAUUAUAUUGCCUAUACCUCCUUUUUAAUCCAAUCCCUGAUAAUUAAACUUUAUUAUAAAUUAUCAUAGAUUUUGAUUCUAAAAAAAUGGCUUUUUCCAACACGGCAGUUAUUUAUCAAUUUUGUGACGAAAUUAUUAAUGGACAAAACGAAAUAACUUGUGAAAAAUGGAAAAUGGUGCCUGAUAUUUUUAAAAAUUUUGAGGACGUUACGAAACAAAUUGAAUUAGUAAACCCGAAGGAAUGUUUAAUUUCUGUAAUAAAGAAAUGUAAUAGUAACAAUCAUAACGAAAUAUAUAAUUGUAUUGAAAAAAUCCAAAAAGCAUUUUAUUGCCUAAUGUUAUAUUGCAUAAAUAUUAUAAGAAAUCCGAAAAAAAGAGAGUUUCAAAUCAUCAAGAUAAACCGCCAAGUUAUCAGAAGAACUUCAGAUGUUUUAGAAAUAUCAAAAGAUAACAAAAUUAUUACUUAUAUAGUUGAAUAAAGAUAAAAAUUAAAGGAUUUGUCUAAUAUGUUGUCGAAUUGUUAAACUAGGAAUUAUUCACCUUUUUGGGAAGGUUCAAGCUGUAUAAAAUUUAGUUAAUGCAGCAUAUGUAUUGGGAUCAGCAAGUGCAGAACAUGUUGCUUCAAGUAUUCUAAAAACUAAAAUGAAAAAUUAAAUUAUUUUUUUCGAGGUGAAAAAUUUACAAUUGCUUCUUAUGGCAAACCAUUGAGUAUUGUAGCUGGGACUAGGGACAAAAAAGUAUCAUGCAAGUUUAAAUCAUGUGUCUUUUGGAACAAUUAUGGAGCUUGUAAAAUGUUUAGAAUUAAUCCAGUGUAAAAUCAAAAAAAAUUGUUCUAUAUUUAGAAAGAAUCUUAAGUUUCAAAGAAGUAUUGAAGGAAAUUUAAAAAAUCCAAAAAAGUUUAAAAGAUGAAAUGAAUGAAGAUUUUUUAUGUAAAGAAGAAGAAUUUUUUGAAGCUGGUGAUAUAGUAAAUAAAUCAAUGGUUUAUAUAAAGGAUAUUGAUGAAUUUAUACAUGUUAUAAUAACUGAAAGAAAUAUUGACCCUUUUUCUACAAUUAUAAGAGUGUCUGUGAAUUCUGGUCAAGGUUUUUUAAAAGUAACAAUGAAUGUUUUCAAUCUGCAUGAUAAAACUAGCAACCAACCUGACCUUGAUGAUGCUAGAGUAAAGCGUUGUUUUAUUGUUGCUAUUGUAGAAGGAAUAUCUGAACACAAUGGAUAUCUUAGGCAAUUAGUUGAUCCUCCUAAUCUUCAAAAUAUUAAGUAUUAUGUUGCAUUCGAUUUAAAGUGUGCAAACUCAAUGUUUGACAUUUCAAGUCAUGCUGGAAAAUAUAGUUGUGUGAAGGAGAGUCUUUUGGAUUGUUCUCUUGAUUAUACAGCAAAUACGUAGAAGCUGGAAAACCAAAAUCAAAGAUGGCUGAUUAUAAAAAUGUAAUUAAUCCAAGAAUUUUUUUUAUCUUGAAGAAGAUCCGGACACAGUUAUAGAAAAUAUAGUUCCAGUACCUGAGUUGCAUUAUUAAUUACAAUAGUUACAACUGGGAAAGCUUUUAUCAAAACUAUGGCCUGGCUUUUAACAAUGGUUUUUUAAAAGUUACCAUGACAUUGGGUUUGAUGGCAAUAAUGCCAACUGACUUUUUGAUAAGUUAGAUGUUCUUGGUCGUGAUUUUGAUGAUCAAGGAAAACUUUAUUUAUUUCCAGUUAUUGAAUGUUUAAGAAAGUUUAAAGCAGUAAACUUUCGAAGAAAAAAUUAUUGGUGAUAUGGAGUCUGUUGUUGCGUAAUUUAAGACAGUUUAUGCUAAUUUAAUGGAAUAUAUUAAUCAUUACUUUAAAAAUAUUUCAUUAAAUAUAACAUGGAAAGCUCAUAUUGCAAUUAACCAUAUUGUACCAUUUCUAAAAAAUACCAAUACUGAUAAUGGACUUGGAAUUUACUCAGAACAAAUUUUAAUUUUAACCUUUUUUAUGGAGGUUCUCAAUACCCUCACUUAAUUUAAGUACUGUUUAAUUUCUUAAUAACAAAAAAAAAUUGAUGUGGGGAGACUUCAAACUUGGCGGUCGCUGUGGUUCACAGUGAUUGUUAAACUAUAAUAAUGUACAUGCAAUGAUUAUUGCAUGUGCAUUAUAUAUUGCAUUAUUAUUUAACAUGCAAAAUUAUCAUUACUUAUCAUAAAUAUGCAUUAUCAUAAACUUGUACAAAAUUGACAUUUUUGUAUUCAUUUUUAGCUCAGAGGUUGCUUCCAUAGUGUAAUAAAUUGUUUUUUUUACUCAAUAAACAGACAUAAUAUUUAUCAUACUAUAAAUAUUUUAUCCAUAUAAUCAAUCUAUUUUUAUAAUUUUAUUUUAUCCUAAUUUUAUCCAUACAACCCAUCUAAACUAUAAAAUUUGAAUUUUUAUAGUAAAUUUAUAAAGUUAGGUAUCAAAUUGAAAUGAAAAUUAUUAUAUUUAAUUAAAUCAAAAUAAAAUUUUACUUGCAUUGUUACGACAUUAUUUCUUAUGUACUAUAUAAUGGCUACUACUACUACUACUACUACUACUACUACUACUACUACUACUACUACUACUACUACUACUACUACUACUA